GUACAGGAAUGUACCAGACUAAUGAUACACCUUACCAGUUAGCUACUUAGCUUUACACGACACCCUUCUAGUCAAAGACGUGUGUAUAUACAAUUAUACAUACACCUUACGUUGCCUCAACAACCAUUUCUCUCACGCUACAUAUUUGUCACAAUCUUCCAGAAACACCUCUUAACUAACUCCAUCAAUAUAAACUACUCUUUACAAAACAAUUCAUAUCAUCAUUCAUCACCGGCGUACGAUAGCACCCAUGGCACCAGUUACCACUGAACAAGACUAUGAUCGUCUCGAAGAAGUCAAACAAUUCGACGAAUCAAAAAUCGGCGUUAAAGGGUUGUUAGAUUCCGGCAUCACCACUAUUCCCCGGUUCUUCCACCACCCGCCGGAGAAUCUCCCCGGUCCAAAACCCAAAAACCGGCCUCGGUUAACCGUUCCGGUCGUUGACUUAUCCGGCGACCGGUCAACGGUGGUUGAACAAAUCCGGCAAUCGGCUUCCACGAUUGGGUUUUUCCAGAUUGUUAAUCACAGGAUUCCGGUAACUGUAAUUGAUUCAGCAGUUGGUUCAAUGAAGGAGUUUUUUGAGCAACCCAAUGAAUAUAAGAUGCGGUUUUAUCACCGGGAGGCUGGUAAAGGAGCGGCAUAUUCUACCAACUUUGACUUGUAUCAGUCAAAGGCUGCCAGCUGGCGAGAUACUCUCCAGGUGAGGAUGUCACCUGUAGCACCGGACUGGGAGGCGGUGCCGGAGAUGUGUAGGGAGCCGCUGGCGGAAUGGGACAAGGCGGCGGUUGGGUUAGGUGAAGAGUUGAUGUCGAUUUUAUGCGACGGAUUGGGUAUAAAAAGUGACAAAUUGAAGGAACUGUCGUGUUUGGAAGGGAGGGUGUUUGCGUCCCAUUAUUAUCCCCAGUGUCCUCAGCCGGAGCUCACGGUGGGGCUGACGUCUCACACCGACCCGGGGGUGUUGACCAUGGUGGUCCAGAAUGAAGUGGGUGGGUUGCUACAGGUCAAGUGUGGUGAUGACUGGGCCGAUGUUGAGGCGGUUCAUGGUGCUAUUGUUGUCAACAUAGGUGAUCUGCUUCAGAUGAUGUCAAAUGACGAAUACAAAAGCGCGCAGCAUCGUGUAUUAGCAAACCAUGUUGAAGGCGCGCGUGUUUCAAUUGCUGUUUUUUUCAAUCCGAGCAACCGAGAUAAACUAUACGGCCCGUUCCCGGAGCUCAUAUCCACCACAAAACCCGCGGUUUACCGAGAAUUCAAAUAUGAAGAUUACAUGAGAAGGUUUUUCACUAAGGAACUUGAUGGGAAAACAUUGACCAAUUUUUACAAAGCGGAUAACACAAAGGGGGCUUGAUUUGGUAUGGUUAUCUGAAAACUUGUAUCAUUUGAUGUAACAUAUGAUUUGUAUUUUAAAUAUCAUAUGGGUUGGGUUGUUUGAAUAGUUUAAACAUGGCUGCUUUACAUAA